AUGUUUAUUAAGUUGGUGAUUGGUGAGUGCACCCUCAAUGUCGUUAGCGCUUACGCGCUGCAAGUGGGCUUGGAUGAGAAGGUUAAGAGGCGCUUUUGGGAGGGUUUGGACGAGAUUGCGCGUAGCAUUCCACCUACUGAAAGGUUAUUUAUUGGAGGGGAUUUUAAUGGCCAUAUUGGGUCGGUUGCUGGUAGUUAUGGCGAGGUGCAUGGUGGCUUUGGCCUUGGGGAUAGGAAGGGAGGAGGUACUUCGCUGUUAGACUUCGCUAAGGCUUUCGACCCGGUGAUUGCGAACUCGACUUUUCCGAAGAGGGAGGAGCAUCUGGUUACUUUCCAUAGUUCGGCGGUGAAGACUCAGAUUGAUUACCUUCUCCUCAGAAGGUGUGAUAGAGGGUUGUGCAAGGAUUGCAAGGUUAUCCCGGGAGAGACCCUCGCGACUGAGCAUAGGCUCUUAGUAAUGGACAUCGGCAUUAUGAUGAAGCGGAAGAAGAGGUAUGCUCGUGGCCGACCGAGGAUUAGAUGGGGAGCUUUAACCAAGGAUAAAGCCUAG